AUGAUAAGGGCAUUUUUUGUGUCGAUUCUGGAAGUCUUGAAUGAGGUCAGUAUGACCUUGUUGUCGACACUUCUUGUUUUCCUCGAAGCAUUCAUCACAAUUCUAACCCGCUUCCUCCCGGAGCCGGUCAUUGACAUGUUUUCCCGGGCAAGUAAACGCAUACUUCGGCUUUGGCCUGCGCGGGGCCAGCGCGAGCUGGAAUGCAAUGCUGCGCUCUUCCGCCACUGCCAUGAGAUCGCCCGCGCCGAAUCCUUCAAUGAAAUUUGUAACAAGUACAAGUACGAGUUUGAAGAGCACAUCGUACUGACCACCGAUGGCUAUUUACUGGGCUUACACCGAAUCACCGGCUCUCCAAAGGCAAACUAUAAUGUCAAGGGAGUUAGAAAGCCUGUCAUUUAUCUUCACCAUGGGCUGCUGAUGAACUCCGAGAUCUGGAUUGCCGUUGACAAGCCCGCUCAAUCUAUUGCCUUCACACUAGCGGACAACGGGUAUGAUGUGUGGCUUGGAAACAACAGAGGCAACAAGUACUCCAAGAAACAUAUUUCCCUGCAGUCGAGCUCGGUCAAAUUCUGGAACUUUAGCAUGGACGAGUUUUCCUUUUACGAUAUUCCCGACUCGAUCAAUUACAUCCUGGAUUUGACCAAGGAACCAAGUCUAUCGUACCUUGGGUUUUCGCAAGGCUCUGCCCAGGCGUUUGCUGCUUUAUCAAUUCAUUCGCAUUUGAACAAAAAGGUCAACCACUUCAUCGCCCUAGCACCGGCAAUGACCCCCCCCGGCGUCAACUCCCUAGUCCAAAGUUUCACCAACAAAUCGCCGUCGAUGUUGUACUUUCUGUUUGGCCGUAAAAUCAUUCUGCGUAGCUCGGUGUUCUGGCAAAGCAUCAUGAACGUGGACUUGUUUGUGCGCACUAUUGAUUUCGCUUGCCAGUUCCUGUUUGGAUGGCAAGGCAAAAACAUCAGCUACUCGCAGAAAGUCACCGGCUAUUCUCAUCUGUAUUCUUUCACAUCUGUCAAAAGCGUGGUGCACUGGUUCCAAAUCAUUGGCACCGGCCGAUUCCAGAUGUAUGACGACGAUACCAUGCAGCUUGUUUUCCGGACUAAACAGUUUUACCGAGCAUUGCCGUAUCCCACGCAAAAUAUCAAGACCCCGAUAACUUUGAUUUACGGUAUGUCAGACUCCCUGGUUGAUAUCGAUGCUCUGUUGAAGGAGCUUCCCUACACCACCGAGGCCAUUGGCGUCCCGCGCUACGAACAUUUGGACAUGAUCUGGGGUAAGGCCGUGCCCGAGGUGAUUGCGCCUAAGAUUUUGGAAAGUCUACAAAAAGCCCGUCACCAAAACGAUUCUCAAGUCGUACUCGCUGAAUUCGAGGGAUAG